AUGGCUGGUGUUUGGGGGGUUGGGGGGGGGGUGCCCCGGGGGUCCCCCACCCCUCACCCCGCGCCUCUCUCGGUAGGCUCGGAGGCUUUCCGGGAGCGACACCCCCUGGGGCAGAGCUGCCCUGAGGGGGGGCCGGGGGAGCAGGUCCCCCCGCUGUCCCCCUGGGCUCUGCUCCGCAGCUUUUGGGGCACCGACCCCCCUCUGCAGGGGUCCCUGCUCUACCUGGACACCCUCCGUGCUGCCUUCCCGCAGGCGCUGGCCUCCCGGGCCACUGCCCUGCUCUCCUGGGCACCCGGUGGCCACCGUGCCCCGGCGGGCUGGCCCUUGCCCACCCUGUACUGCACCCCGGCCGAGGCGGGGGCUCUGCCCUCCCGGGCUGCAGCGCUGCGGGUGCAGCUCCUCUUCGCCCUGCGGACGCGUGCCCUGCGCGUUCUGGAGGCUGGGCUGGCCACCGAGCUGCACGACGCGCUGGCCACCCUGCGUGCCAGCUGGCCCGGGAUGGCCGAGGACCUGGCGCUGGGCAGGUUGAGCCCCCAGCCCGGGUUGCCCGAGGAUGCACGGGGCCGGCUGCAGGCGCUGCUGGUCCCUGAUGCCACCCGGGCUGCUGAGCUGCAGGCCGAGUGUGCCCUGGGCUUCGAGGGCAUCGUGCAGCGCCUGUGGCCGCAGCUGGAGGUGGUGGUGGUGGGGACGGCGCACGGCGCCGAGCAGCUCUACUGCGAUGCCCUCCGCCAGGCCGACUGCAAGGGGCUGCCCUUCUACUGCCCCUUCUACCAGGCAGCAGGAGCUCUGCUCGGGGUGAACUUGUGGCCAAAGGAGCCGGUGCCCCGAUUCCUGCUGUGCCCAGACUGGGCUUUCUGUGAGUUCCUGCCCUGCCCGGCCGAGGAGGAGCCGCAGACGGUGCUGCUGGGCGAGCUCUGGGAGGGACGGGAAUAUGGACUGGUCCUGACGGCCCGGCCCGGAGAGUACAGGCGCCGUGCCGGGGAGGUGCUGAGGGUGGCCGGCUUCCACAAGCAGUGUCCCGUGGUGGAGCCCAUCCGCAGGGAGAGCCAGGCGCUGAGCGUGCGGGGCGAGGGCAUCCCCGAGGAGCGGUUCUGCCGCAGCCUGUGCCGCGCCGUGGGCAUGUGGCCGGGCGCUCGCCUGGUCGACUACGUCUGUGUGGAGAGUGCCCUGCUGGGUGCCUCUUCGGGGGCCUGUGCCCCCCACUACGAGGUGUUUGUGGAGCUGCGGGGCCUGCGGGACCUGUCGGAGGGGCAGCGUUACAAGCUGGACCAGUGUCUCCAGGAGGAUUUCCCCAUCUAUAAAUCCUUCCGCUUCAAGGGCAGCAUCGGGCCCCUGCGCCUGCACCUGGUGGGGGCCGGGGCCUUCGCCCGGCUGCGGGAGGCGCUGGGCUCCCCCCUCCCCAUGCCCAGGGUUGUGCGGGAGGAGCGGCUGCUGCAGCUCAUCCAGAGCACCGUCAUCUCCUAGGGCACCCCCGGAGAGGGGGGGGGGCACAGCCCUCCCACCCUUGGGGUUCACUUGUUGUGAGCCCUCCAGGGAGGGAGCGGGGCUGAGUCCCUGGCAGAGGGUGGUGGGGGGCAGGGGUGCCACCCCCGGAGGGUUUGGCUGAGCGUAGGGGAUGGACCCAGCAGCAUCAUCUGUGCCCCUGCUCCGUGGUGGCAGCAGGCGCUGGGCACCGGUGGGGACCCCACGGUGCUGCCCGUGGGGAUGGGCACCCCCCAAGCCAAAACCUCCCCAGGAGCCAGGAGGAGCAGCAGAGCCUCAGCCCACGCAGGAACUGGGCUCAUCCCCGCGCUGAGCUCCGGGGCCCUGUGGCAUUUUGUCCCUUGGCAGGGACACCGCGGGCAGGGACACCGCGGGCAGGGCACGGGAUGGCAGGUGCCGUCUGGUUUAGGAAACAAUAAGCCCCAGUGAGGGCUGCUUUUAAUGUUUAAAAAAAAUCAGAAGCAAAAUAGAGGAUUAUCUCUCAAAAAUAAAUAAAGGGCAGCGCUCUGGGAUUGAAUUUUUUUAUAUAUAUAUACAUACUAUUAUUUUUAAUCCUCAUUAAAGA